AGGUCUGGCAACUGUGCAGCUAAGGAUUCUCGUGCUGUUCAGACUUCUCUUUGCAGUCCGCCAGCUCUCCCUAACUUAUGUGCUCACGGUUAAAGGCUGUUCGAACAGCAAAAUUUAUAUCCAGAUUCAUCGGGGCGUCAAAGCACAGGGCCCCAGGAAAGCAUGGAGGCCACGUACGGGAUAGGAAUUACCAACAGGUAUGCGUUAUUUCUUGAAGAGGGUGAAGAUCCUCUUGAAGUCAUCAAAGAGAAGACUAAGAAACCGGCAGAGAAGUCUGCCGAUGCCGCAACCAAGUCUGGAAGCGUGAAGCCGGCUGAAGUCAAAGGCAAAGCCGGUGGAGCCCCCAAUCAACCAGCGGCCGUUAAAAAGACAGCCGUUCUCAAGGAAACGCAAGCCAACGUUAUCAAACCCACUGAACAAAACAAACCUCGCGAAGAUGGAUAUCGAUCUGGUCUUGGUCCUAGACCACCAAGGGGUGACAGGGGAGGUCGUUUCCCCAACACUAUGCCUCGAGAAGAGAGGAAUAAUAGGAGGAAUGAAGACCGUCCAAGGGAUUUUGGAUCCGUGGCCAACACGGAAGGUGGAUCUCCUGGCACAGGCAUCGAGGGAGAGUAUCGUCCUCGCACAGCGUUCCGUGGUGAGCGAGGGGCGUUCCGUGGUGGUGAUCGUGGCGGCCGUGGUCGUGCACGCGGACGUGGUGGUCUGCAAGAUCAACGAGGCAAGCGUGAUUUUGACCGUCAAUCUGGCUCUGACAAGAGCGGCGUUAAACCUAUUGAGAAACGCGAAGGUAGUGGUCCGCACAACUGGGGAAGCGUCCAAGACGAGAUUGAAGGCCAGAUGGAGCCUGCCGCUGCUGAAGAAGUUGUCGAGGGAGAGGCCGAAGUCGUCGCUCCUGCUGAAACAACUGAAGUCAAAGAGGGAGAAGAGGUUGUUCCAGUGGCUCCGGAAGAUGAAGAGCCUAAGGAGUUGACCCUUGAUGAAUGGAGAGCUUUGAGGGGUGAACGUAAGAAGCCCGAGUUUAACAUCCGUAAGCCCGGAGAAGGAGAAGAUAACUCCCAAUGGAAGAAGACAUUUAUCCUGGACAAAAAGAAGGAUGACGAUGAAAGUGAAGAGGAGAUUAUCGACCUGACGGCCGAAUAUCCUCAACGCGCUGGACGUCAAAAGCGUCUUGACAUCGACAUCCGCUUCUCUGACUCGCGCCGUGGAAGCGAUCGUGGUGGACGUGGUCGCGGAAGAGGUCGUGGCGAAGGAGGCUUCCGUGGCGAUCGUGAAGGUGGAUAUCGUGGAGGCUUCCGCGGCGAUCGUGAAGGCGGAGAGCAACGUGAAGGUGGCGGAUACCGUGGAGGUUUCCGUGGCGAUCGUGAAGGUGGAGAACAACGCGAAGGUGGCGGAUACCGUGGAGGUUUCCGUGGCGAUCGUGAAGGCGGAGAACAACGCGAAGGUGGCGGAUACCGUGGAGGUUUCCGUGGCGAUCGUGAAGGCGGAGAACAACGCGAAGGUGGCGGAUACCGUGGAGGUUUCCGUGGCGAUCGUGAAGGCGGAGAACAACGCGAAGGUGGCGGAUACCGCGGUGGAUAUCGUGGUGAUCGAGAAGGCGGAGAGCAACGCGAAGGUGGUAACUUUCGCGGAGGAUACCGUGGCGAUCGCGAAGGUGGUGAGCCACGUGAGGGUGGCUAUCGCGGAGGUUAUCGUGGAGGGUACCGCGGAGAUCGUGAAGGUGGCGAACAGCGUGAAGGCGGAUAUCGUGGCGGCUACCGCGGGGGAGAUCGCGAAGGAGGCGAACGUGGUACUUACCGUGGUGGCAGGGGUUCCCGUGGUGGACCCGGCGGUAAUCGCGGACCGUCUAUGCCAGCCGCUCCCAAAGUGGACGAUGAAAAGGAUUUCCCGGCCUUGGGCUAGGUCCUCACAGGGUUGACAGGUGUGCCCUAAAAACCACCUCUUCGUGAACACAUACGAGUAGCCUCCUCCGCCAGAUCGACCAGGCUCCCCACCACUACUCACCUUUUUUUUUUUUCACU